AUGGAAAUGAAUUCUGGGUCUGUUUUAGCAUUGCAUCCUACUUAUAAUGUUUUUAGAGCAAGGGAGCUUCUUGAUUUUGAGGAGGAUUUUGUAGAGAAAGAUCCAUCCGGCAGGUACAUAAGGUACAAUGAAAUCUUGGGCAGGGGUGCCUUCAAGACUGUUUAUAGGGCAUUUGAUGAAGUUGAUGGCAUAGAAGUUGCUUGGAACCAAGUUAGGAUCAAUGGUCUCUUGCAUUCAGUAGACGAUCUUGCGAAAUUGUAUUCCGAAGUUCAUCUAUUGAAGGCUUUAAAACAUGAAAAUAUCAUUAAGUUCUACGAUUCCUGGAUUGACGAUAAGCAGAAAACUGUUAACAUGAUCACCGAGCUCUUCACAUCUGGAAACUUAAGACAGUACCGUAAGAAGCAUAAAUACGUUGAAAUGAAAGCUAUAAAAUGUUGGGCGAGACAGAUUCUUCAAGGCCUAGCAUAUCUUCACAGUCACAAGCCACCUAUUAUUCACCGAGACUUGAAAUGCGACAACAUCUUUGUGAAUGGAAACCAAGGAGAAGUUAAGAUAGGUGAUCUCGGUUUGGCAAUCGUCAUGCAGCAGCCAACUGCCCGGAGUGUUAUUGGGACGCCUGAGUUUAUGGCCCCUGAAUUAUAUGAAGAGGAGUACAACGAACUCGUCGACAUCUAUUCUUUUGGAAUGUCAAUGUUGGAGAUGGUUACUCUCGAGUAUCCCUAUAAUGAAUGCAACAACCCAGCUCAAAUAUUUAAGAAAGUUACCUCGGGCAUCAAACCCGCGUCCCUUAAUAAGGUGAGUGACCCCGAAAUUAAGGAGUUUAUCGAGAAAUGCCUGGUUCCAGCAUCUGAGAGAUUGUCUGCGGAGGAGCUUCUUAAAGAUCUAUUUUUACAAAUUGAGAGUCCAAAGGAUCCAUUCUCGUCUCAUAUUAAAACUCCAAGUGCUACAGAUAUUUCCAAGUCUCGUUCUCCAUCUAUGGACAUCGAUGCUGACUACAAACAGUUUUCCGAGAGUAUCUAUGCUGAAAGCAACCAGGAAAUCUUACACUAUCCUGUUUUUGAAGUCCAAAGGACUAAUAAAAAUAACGAGUUUCGGUUAAAAGGGACUAAAAAUGAUGAUAACUCGGUUUCAUUGACCUUGCGUAUUGCUGAUACAUGUGGUCGAAUAAGGAAUAUACAUUUUCUGUUUUACCUUGAUACAGAUACUGCCGUCUCCGUGGCCUCAGAGAUGGUUGAACAUUUGGAGCUGGCGGAUCAUGACGUGGCUUUCAUAGCCGGCCUUAUUGAUUACUUGAUAAUGAAGCUUCUUUCUUGGAUGAAACCGUCGCACGAUCAUAGCUCAGUUGGAGAAAUAAGUCUUUAUAGUGGUUCUACAAAUGUCGAUAGCCAAGUCUCAACUAAUGUUCCCUCCGAAACAGUUAGUGGUCAAGACAGCUUUUCCGGGUUUAAUAUAAUGCCUAGAGAAGGUUUUGAGACAGCUGGAAAGAGCUUUUCUUACAAAAACGCCGAUAACACCAUUUUCGAGAGUGCCUUUGAUUCAUCUCCUCGUUUGAUUGACUCAGAAGAUGGAUCAGGAACUUCUGAGAUAACUGUUGAUGAUGCUUCGAUGAAAAAUGACAAUUGUCAUGAUUCCAAAUAUCUCGGUGUUGGAUGUUUUAAAUGCUUUAGAAGGCCGAUAACCGAGCUUGAGGCCGGGGACACGUAUUUCGAAGACUGUAAGUCGCAGGCAACAGAUUACAAUGUUAAUAAAAGCAAUGCGAACUCGAGAUCACCAAACAUUAUGAGCUUGUUAGGUAGCUGUUGCUCUUCUAUGUCUUACACCCAAAAGGAUAUUGAUCUCGAGUUAAAGCUUGAACUUGAUGCAAUUGAGUCGCAAUAUCAGCAUUGGUUUGAGGAACUCACUAGAAUGAAACUGGAGGCAAUGGAAGCAACCAGAAAGAGAUGGAUGGCCAAGAAAAAGUAA